AUGAUCAGAUCCUUUCAUUCUGCUUCCUUUCAACAAAUCUCAUACGUACCUCCUCUGAACCAACUUCGUCGAAGCAGCUGCCAUUGUUCCCAUUGUUCUACUUCGAAUAUCAAGCAAAUCACAUUACCCAAUUAGCAAUAUGAAAUCGUCAUGCAUAGAAAAAUGAGACUCGCCAAUCUAAUUAUAGACAACUUCAAACCCACUGAUAAAUAUCUAAGGUCCAAAAACAAAUACAAGAACUUCAGAAUAUUCUCUCAUAAUCGUCAACAAAUGAUGUCCCCAGACAAUUAUCGUUCUCCACAAAAAUCUCCAUCAACAGAUCAACAAGAUGAAAUCAAGGUUCAUUCCUCAAACAAGAAGGCGUCCCCCAUGCACUCCCAGUAUUUAUAACCCAAACAGUCGAAUUCCUACUUUUUAAAUCAUCUUAAAACACAAAUGACAAGGAUAGAUAAAAACUUAAAUUAAUUAAUACAAACCAGCAGAUAAUAAAUGACUGAACCAGAUGAACCUCUUAUCACGACAAAAAGAACCAAAUAAGCUAUUAUCAAGACGAUUAAGACACAUCACCCUUAUCAAUCUGCCUAUAGCAUUGCAAUUAACAAAAAGUUUGGGCCUCCCAAGAAAAUGCAUACCACCCCUUCUAAUCUACUCGCAAGAACUUAAUAGAGUUUAUCUAAAUACGCCUUUAAUUUUAUUGAUUGA